AUGCAGCUGGAGGACUGGCUGGAUGACCUUUGUGUCCGUUUCAUCAUAAAUCUGCCACCGGAGGAGCUCCAGUCUGUGGAGCGCAUCUGCUUCCAGGUCGAGGAGGCACAAUGGUUCUACGAAGACUUCAUCAGACCUCUUGACCCUUCCUUGCCUUCUCUUUCUCUGCGCCCUUUCAGCCUACGCAUCUUCCAGCACUGUCCGCUGUUCUCACAAUGGUCGGCCCAGCAUCAUACUACGGCCUUCGCGGAGUUUCUGGCAUACAAGUCGCGCGUGCCUGUGCGCGGAGCUAUCUUAUUGAGUGAGGCCAUGGAUGAGGUUGUGCUUGUGAAAGGCUGGAAAAAGAGUGCAAAUUGGAGCUUCCCCCGUGGCAAGAUAAACAAGGACGAGAAUGACCUCGACUGCGCCGUACGCGAAGUUUACGAAGAGACUGGGUUUGAUGCCCGGGAGGCUGGACUUGUGAAAGACGAGAAGGAUAUGAAAUACAUCGAAGUGACGAUGAGAGAGCAACAUAUGAGGCUGUAUGUCUUCCGAGGAGUGCCCCGGGACACCCAUUUCGAAGCCAAAACACGGAAGGAAAUCAGUAAGAUUGAGUGGUACAAGUUGACGGAUUUACCAACGCUAAAGAAGAGUCGACAGCAUGAAGGAAGCGGCACAGAUCACGCGUCCCUCAACGCGAACAAGUUCUAUAUGGUGGCUCCGUUCUUGAACCCACUCAAGAAAUGGAUUGCCCAGCAACGGAAGAAGGAGAAUCGAUACAGCUCACACCUUUCUGCUCCUCCAAUGGUUCCGGAGGAUGUGACCAUGGAAGAAGAACGAGACACUGAUGAUAUUGAAGCACGACACGCCGAAGCAGCGACGGCAUCUAUGAGCGAUCUGCCAGAGGUUUCUGCUCCUUCGGUCGACCCGACCUCGCAUCUUAAGGAGAUGCUCAAUAUCGGAUCCCAACCUAUCCAACAUCAAGCGGUGCUGCAACCAAGCCAUAUGCCGCAGAUUGACACCCAGAAGUCCAACGCCCUUCUGGCUCUGUUACGAGGAAAGGCGCAAGAUAAGUCGGGUGCUAUGCCCCAGAGUCUGGUGGAACAAACCUCUGCGCCGCCUGAGCUUCAGCGCUCGUCCCAUACAUUCCAUGUACCUCAACCACAGAUUGAUCAAGCUCGGCCACCGCCACCGUUUCCGCAGCAUUUUCCUCAUGUGCGGCCUGAAAUUCAAUCUGCCUCUGCUAGACCGCGAGAAGCCACUGUGUAUCCCUUGACAGCAGCUUACCCUGGACAAGCGACUCCACAGGUCGCACCAUAUCAGCAAACCGGUGAUCCUUUAGCAAUGGAGCAGGAAGCGCCACAAACGCAUUCAGCCCCAGUACCUCCGGCCAGUGCAUUGCCUAAGUUGACCAUGCAUACCAGGGCCCUAUUGGACGUCUUCAAACACGCAUCGAGCACACCGAAUCGACCCAUGCAUCCCACCCCAGUGCAGAGGUCAAGUGCUCUUCCUGGAAUGGACACGAUGCGUCAGUCUGAAUUACAACAAGGGCCCUUUAGUCGGCACGAAAGCGACCAAACUAUGAAGGCCUCUAGCAAAGAUACUGUUGCCCCUGAGUCAAACCUCAUCUUAGGACUGUCUCCAAACAUGGGUCUGGAGGCUCAAGCCUCAUCGCUACUGUCCUCCAGACGGCCCCCCAAUGCGCAGAGAACAUCUCUACUUGAGCUUUUCAAUCAACCAACGACACCGAAGAUGGUACAACCCACCGCUCAGCCUGCUGCGCCCGUCGAACUUGCAGCGACAGCGCCCCAUACGCCUCCUGAGAAGCCAAAGGGGAACAAGGACGACCUCCUCCUUUCUCUACUAAGACAAAGCAGUCAGAGUGCAGCUGCGAAAGUCGACGAAACAAAAAGAUUGGCGCCGAGGGAGGGUGAGACCGCGGCUACAGUCAAUGGACCAUUAAACCAGCCCGUGUUCGAAGUCGUACCAAAGAGCACGAAGCACGCCGACAAUGAGAUGGGCCGGACACGACCCACUGCCCAUCGAACCCUCUACGACCCUAAUGCGCCGGCACCGGUCAAGAUCUUGACACGAUCUGAGGAGACCCGCCCACAGCCUCCACGGUCACCAAGGGGCAAUAAACCAGCGACGAAACGGGCAGUGAGGGAAAAGGCCGCUCCGAAGGAGCAAGUAAAGCCCUUUCAACCUCAAAUUCUUCGUCGACCGCAGACUGCCGAAAGUGCUGCUCCUGGUGUGCCUCCACCGUUCGGCGAGGCGGUGGCUGAGCCGCGCUCUGCGAGUCCUAAUACUCCUUCGACGGUUGUGCUCAACAGGGAUAUUGGCGAAGGAUUGGUCGCGAGCCGGAAAUCAUCGCAGACUGAUGCGCAGAAGCAAACGCUUCUAUCGCUUUUCGGAGGGCAAAAGGACACGACGCCGAAGGCAACGGCGCCGCAACCGAGUCCCGGAAUGGUGUCGCCUUUGACAUCCAGUCAGAUCAUGAGCGCUAACGGAGCGGGCCCUGUGUCUGGCAAUGAACCUAUCUCGACCCGAACCUCGCGCGUGGGGAGCACGAGCUCUCUUGCGAGCGGGACCGGAACUGCACGUCCCGGAGUUGAGAAGCGACAGACAGGUGCCGAGAACAAAGCCUUUCUCUUGGGCUAUUUGGGCAGGAUCGCUUCGCAGGACCAGUGA